AUGUCAAAUCCGCCGUCCGCUCCCGAAGACUCCUUGCCUGAUUCCCUGGUGACACCUGCUGCGCCGGCCCAACAUGAUUGCCCCAAGGAGACCGAGCUCCCUCCAAGGAGCCCACGUCACCACCCUGCGCACGACCAGCAGUUGUCCCAGGGGGAUCAAGAGGCGCCUUCCCCGUCCCGUGCCGAAUCCCCCACGGUCCCUCAUCAGUGGUCUCAACCCGUGUCCACUUUCGCACUAAAAAGGAGCACAACGGCGCCGUUGGAGAAGCUGGCGCGCGCCGACGAUGCUUACCAUCCCCAACUGUCAGAGCGCGACAGCAUCUUUGCAACCCACUACCUGCCAUCUGACAGUGGCGCGAACACCCCGCAAUUGCCUCCGUAUGCGGCUCCAGACAAUGACCACGUUCACUUGAUCCCUGCCCUUGACGAUGCACCCGUGCCUCCAAAUCCACUCUCCAAGGUCUCCUCCCCCCACGGUUCUCGCGUCGACCCUUCCCCCAUGGAGGUUGACGUCCGCAGAAAUUCCCCGUUGCGCCCCUCACCUCUCUUCCCACACUCUCAUUCCCGACGCCUAUCUCUUUUGCGCUCUGCCAUCUCAUCCACCGAUCAGCCACCAGAAGAAAGUUCACAGCCUCCGGCGGGGCACCGCCCUGAACAGGGGCCCAAAGUGCCAUUGAAUGAAUUAGGUGCGAAGACUGGUCGCCCGCAGGAAACCGAAAGAACUCUCUUUCCCUCUGCACUACAUGAUGUUUCACACCCUCCUUCGACAUUGACAGAGCCCCCAGCAGGCCACCAUCGACCCACGGUCCGUCGGGGGAGCGUCUCUUUCUCUUCGGGCGAUACAUCUCGAGCUGCACCUGCUCCUGAGCGAAGCUCCAGCAAAAGCCGUCGUGGGCGAGUGGAUAACUCGAUAGAGGCAAAUCUCACCAACGUGGAACCGGCCUCCAAUGUGCGCAGCCGUAAGUCCAGCCACUACUUGGGCCUCUUCAAAGAGAAUACUACCUCCCCUGAUCGGAAGAGAAGGGAAGACCGUGGUCAGCAACAUGAAGAGCCCUCAGAAUUGAUGGACCGCGCUAUGGAUCAGGAACCGGAGUCCUUGCACACGCUCUCGGAGGAAGACUCCUCGCUUCGCAAGAGCGUGUCUCUUCCCACACUAGGGGAUGGACCCGCGUUUGAACAACCGUCUAUUGCUGAAGUACCCCAGCCUGUGCACCAGGACUCGCCCUCUAAGCGCCCACGGGCACUGCCCCGGAGCCUGCUAGAAGAGAUUCGAAAUUUCCAUCUCACACCGGGUGGUAGCCGGGGGUCGUCAUUUUCCAGAAGUAUCCCAACGCAGUAUUCUGAACGCAGUCACGACUAUUUUCAAAAAGAUGUGGUUGAGGUUUUGACUGAAUUACCAAGCUCACAGGAGCAAGGAGAACGCCGAGAUUCCGAUACAUUUGAAGACGAGGAGGAAGAGAAUGAGCAGAUCUCCUCGGCCGUUUACUUCCCUCACGAGCGCGUCGUGGUGCCCGAAGGGGUUAAUGACUUACAGACGUUCGUUCAAGAUAAACGAGGCGUGCAGCCAGUUAAACUGGAGGCCGCAGAGCAGGGCCGUGAGUUGAGGCUGGUGCCCAAAGAACGUAGCACUCCUCCGGAACAGGAAGUCAGCCAUGUGGAUAUAUCCUUACGAUCUAAAAAUGAAAGUAAGAUCCUGCACGGUGAUCUUCAAGAUCUUCAGUCGCCGCUGGAGACUGUGCCGGAAAAAUCCCUGAGUACCAUCUCCGAACGCAGUUAUGACUCAACGUGCGAGUCCGAGGUUGUAUCUGCGGAUGACAGCGGGCCGUCCGGUCUGGAUGAAUCCAGCUUGACCGACGAUGCUGAGGUGACGCCGACCGCGACGCCCACUCAGCGCUCACGAUUUCCUACCCGGCGCAAGGCCCAGAAUCAGAGCCCUUUGGGAGCCGUGGAGUUGAAGCCGUACAGACAUCAGGUUGGGGGCCACACUACCGUGUUCCGCUUUUCGAGACGGGCUGUGUGCAAGCAGCUCAAUAACCGAGAGAAUGAAUUUUAUGAGCGGAUUGAACGCAGACAUCCUGAUAUGCUGGUGUUUCUUCCAAGAUACAUUGGCGUCCUGAAUGUGACAUUCUCAAAAACGCCCAAGCGGUCAAAGGGCCACCCCGAACAAGCUGGUAGCCUCUUUUCGGAUGCGAGACAGACAAAUGGAGCUUCUGCUCUUAGUUCACAGCUUUUGGACAGGCCAGAACCCCAACGCAUUGUUAGCCAGAAACAGGUUACCGGGGUGAUCCCCAAAGUCAUACUUGAGAAUAAUCGCCAUAUCAUUCCAGCCGACCUUUUUGAGCUUCCCCAACGACCACGAUCAGCCCAUGAUGCGAUAAUGGGCCGAGCUCGUUCUGUUGACGGGCUCGGAAACUUUACGACUGAUUCCGACUCCUCGACCCUCAGCAAGCACAAGAAGAUAUGGGGAGCUACUUCUGUUAAUCGGAAACUUCAAGAAUCGGUUCUCCGUGAAGUGUUCAGUCCCCCGGCAAUUCACCACCAUCGACGCCAUGCUCGUGGUCAUAUUCAUCUACCAAGAACAACCUCGGAUUUUAGCCAACGGCGACAAAACUUGUCGGUGGACCAUACUUCUAGCAGUCGCCGUAUUCCACCUGGACGGGUUGAGGCCCUGAAAUCCCCAGCAAUUGAUAUUGUUCUCCCUCCCACCGAAGGCCCUUCCCUAUCGUCAUCAGCGUCUACUGCGUUGGAAGCCAAUAAUCGCAAUCGUCUUGAGAAAAUUCGAACCGAGGAGCAACAGCCGCACCGCGCAAGAGAUCUCAACAGAGGCCCGCACAUGAGACGACGCCAUUCUGGGAGUGGCUUGCAGAGACGAAAAAGCAUCAAUUCCGGCGAGGUCGGAGAUCUGAUGUUCUUCGAUGAUGAUGGCUACGGUGGAGACCGAGAGGAUGAAAUAUUCUCUAUGGAAGGGGAUGUUUCUAUGCCUCUUUCUCAAAUAUCUCCGACAAAGGCCUCCGCUUCUUCAGCGUCGGAAAGUACCUCGACCAGCGAACCCCGAGCCUCCGAAUCAGUGGGGUCUGACAAACCGUCUUCUCUCUCCUCUCACGAUCGAGCAAAGGAUGAUGUGAGCGCUCUGCCCAGCAACCCAAAAGAGGCGCAAUUGAGGAAAGAUGAACGGGUUCAAUUCUUCCUUCUUUUAGAGGAUCUGACGGCUGGCAUGAAUAAGCCAUGCGUGCUGGACUUGAAAAUGGGAACCCGACAGUACGGCAUUGAGGCGAAUGAGAAGAAAAAGAAAUCGCAGAGACGCAAGUGCCAGUCCACCACCUCGCAGCAGCUUGGCGUGCGACUCUGUGGAAUGCAGGCCUGGAACGUCAAGAAGCAGGAGUAUACCUUCGAGGACAAAUACUUCGGACGAGAUCUGAAGUCCGGCCGAGAAUUCCAGGAUGCACUCACCCGUUUUCUCUAUGAUGGUGUUAGCUAUGCCAGCGUGGCCAAUAAGAUCCCGGUCAUCUUGGAAAAGUUGUCUUUGCUGGAGCAUAUGAUUCGGAAACUAGAGCAUUAUCGGUUAUAUGCGAGCAGCCUCUUGAUUCUCUAUGAUGGAGAGCAGUCGCCUCCCGAAAAAGGAUCUUCUCAGGACGGCCACAACAACACCGAUGUCCAGUUGAAGAUCGUUGACUUUGCCAACUGCGUUACGGGUGAGGAUGAGCUACCUCCCGAUACACCCUGCCCUCCCCAGCACCCACAUGACAUUGACCGUGGCUACCUCCGCGGCCUGCGCACCCUGCGGAUGUAUUUCCAGCGGAUCAUGAAAGAAGCCACCCAAGACGAAUUCGUGGAACGCGGCGAAGGCGAAGUCAGUGCGCUGGACUCCCAACCGGGGCCUGGUCGCGGGUCACGCUCGGUCCAGUAUUGGGAUGACAGCGUGAUGGAGAGUGACAUCGGCGAAGUCAGCUUUUAG